UGAUAUGCGUAUAGGUUAGGUUAGGUCGGUCUAGUUUUAUUGUUUGUAUUUUGCGUGGAUAAAAAUUAUAUAUUAUUAUCCCCAAAAAAAGAACAACGAAACAAGAUAAAAAAAAAUUUUUUUUUUGAAUAUAUAUAUAUGUAUUUUUUUUUAAAUUAAAUACAGAGAAAGUGAUAGCACAAUGUCCGAUCCAUUUGUUCGUCAAGUUUUAAUAAAAUGGAGAAUGGAAAAAUAUAUUCCAUUAUUUGAAGAAGAGGAAAUUGAUGAGGAAUCAUUUAGGGUUUUAACACCGGCGUCAAUUGAAAGACUUUUUGUUAAAAUUGGCCCUCGGGAUAAAUUUUUAGCAAAUUGGAAACGUGAAUUUGGAUCGUCGGAUUCAAUUUUUUCAAACGUUGAAGUUUCAUGUUCAGAAAAUAGUAGUAAUACAGUUGAGGAUUUCGAUGAGAGAAUAUUGAGACUACAAUCAGCGAAUCAUGAUUUAGCAUCGUCAGAAGCAGAUCCUUCGCUUAAAAAUGAAAUCGAUAUUUAUGCAGUUUUAAAAAAUGUAAUUGAAGGACGCGCGGCAAUAAAAUAUUAUAAAGAAAAGAAAACAUUAACAAACGAACAUAGACUUAAUGUAGCCGAUAUUAUAAUUCGAAACGAACUUAAAGAAGAAAAUGAAUUUUGCAUCAAUUCAAAGCGAUUAAUUUAUCUUGCAUCACGAAUUGUUGAAACAUUUCCAAAUGAAAGUACAUCAACGUAUUACAUUCCAUUUACAAUUCAUUCGGUAACAAGAAAGCCAAUAUUGGCGCGUGGCAAAUUACAUGCAAAAUAUUAUUUAUUAAGGGAAAAAUUGAAAAAAGCAGGCGAAGUAUUGGGUAAUGAGAGGAAUUAUCAGAAAUCAAAAAAAGUUGAUCUUCCCGAACCAAGAGAUUUAAUUUUAGCGACACAUGAACAAUUAGCAUUAUUGGAAGGCGCAGAUGAUCACGAAUUACGUGAUUUGUCCCUAUGGCUUGAAACUCAUACAAUACCAAGGGCGGAGGUUUUAAAAAAAUGGAUUCAAACUUCAAAAUAUAGAAUACAAAAAUUAGCCUCCGAUGCUUCAAUCACUAAUCGAAUGUAUAUGAAUAUGUACAAAAUUCUACAGCAACCAUCAGGCUAUGAAUUGAUUGAAGCGGACUUUGAGCUCAUGUAUCCGAAUCAAUCGCAUAUUUUGAUAUCAGAAUGGCCGUCAUUUGAAAAGGAAGUAAUCGCUUGUGCCGUGUCACGAAAAGGAAACGAAGUUAAAGACUUACUUGACCAGUAUCGAAAUAUAUCGUAUACUGAUGCAUCCGUUGCAAUUGUUUUAAGAUUAUUGCCACUAUUGCUUCCAUGUCAAGCUGUAAAAGGCGCUUCAAGUAAACCAUUGUGGAAAUUAAAUCGACUGGAAUCUCAGGAUGCUUUUCUUUUACAUAUUAAGAAUAUCUCUGAAUUGAAAGUACGACUCGAUGCACGUCGGGAAAAAUUGAAAAUUCAUGGACUAUCCGAACAACCAUUAAUUGUUGUUGUUGGUGAGACACUUAUUAAUUUAGAAGCAAUUUAUGUUUGCGUCAGUGACACUUGUUAUAAAUUCAAUACAGUAUUGAAAGCAUUUGAUGUUGCAUUUAAAUGUUUUUAUGCACUACAACUUCCAUAUCCAAAGGAAGUUGAACAUAGUUGGCAAAUUGUUCAAUUUCGCAUUUUUGGAAUUGGCGAGGAAAACGAGGAGGAAAUGGUUGAAAGUGUCACAACAUUAUUGGCCGAUUUACGUAACGUUCUUGGUCGAUUUCCCGAGAUUGAAGGUUUGCAUAAUGUAACAAUUAAAAUGGAGGAUCUUGAUUAGAUAAAUCAUUAAUUUGGUUUUUUGGCAAAAAAAAUUAAUUUCUUGAGAGAUUAUUUUUUAAUUCAAAAUUUAUUCUUUAGUAUUUAAGUAUAGCAAAAAAAAAAAAAAAAAAAUCAAUUUUUUAAUUAGAAAUUCCUUAUCAAAUAAAAAAGGAAAGUGUGAUGUUUUACGUUUAAUAAUUUAUAAAAAAAAAAAAAAAACAAAAAAAAAUUUAGAUUUUUAUUUAUGUUGCAAAAAUUGAAAGUUAAAUGGAUUAUUUAUACUUUAACAGAUUGUUUAAAUGUUUUAUAUCUUCCUUUUUCUUAAAUUAUACAUAUAUAUAUAUAUAUAUAGAAAUAUAUAAAAUUAAUCAAAUUUUGAUUAAUACUUUGAAAUAUGAAUGUGCUAAUAAAUAAUAUUAUUGUAAGAAAAAUAAUAAUAAAAAAAAAAAAAAAAAAAAAAAAAAAUGUACAAGGAAAAAACCAAAAAUUGUUGAAAUUCUUUUUGGAAUUUAUUUAGAAAUAAUUGUAUAUUUUGCACUAUUUUUUAUUUAUUUUUUUUUUAUUUCAUUGUAAGAAAUGCUUAAGCUUUAUAUUUAUUAUAAUAAUGAGACGGAGAAAAAAUAAGUAAAAGAAAGGAAAGGAUUAAUUUUUCUUUUGUAUUUUACGUGCGCUCGCCGUACAGUCGUACAAUUUUAAUAGUUUUUUUUUUUUUUUUUUUUAUAUAUAUAUAUUUAUAUAUACAGAACAACUUAAUGUGUAAUUGCGAAAUUUUCAUUUUUCUAUUCGUAAAAGUAUAUAAUUUUUUUUUUUUCAUUUUUUUUCCUUUUUUUUUUUUUAAUAAUAAUUUUUUAUAAAUAUAUUACAACGAAACACACAUUAAUCGCAUAUCGAUUAAAUCAAUGAAGAAUCUUUAAUUUUCUUUUGUUAUGACGAUUUGAAUUUCCAAAAAAUAAUAAUUAAAAUUUUCUUUUUAAAGAAUUUUUUUAGAAAUAAUCAUUUUUUUUUUUUUUUUGACGAAUUUUCAAAUUAUAUUAUUAUUAUUUUAAAUAAUAAUAGUUAUUUUAAAUAAUAAUAAUAAUUAUUUUAAAUAAUAAUUAUUAUUAAUAUAAAUAAUAAUUGUGUGUAAUAAUAAUUAAUUUGAAAAAAGAAAAGAUUCUUCAACGAUUAAAUUUCUUUUUUUAUUUUUUUAUUUUUUUUUUUUUUUGGUAACGAAAAUCUCAUCGCACAGCCUUGCAAAGGCGACUUUUUUUUUUUUUUUUUUUUUUUUAA